AUGCCAUUUGAAGAAGAGGUGUAUGUAGAACAACCUUCUGGUUUUCUUGCGAGAAACCGAGAGCUAAAGUUCUACAAGUUGAAGAAGGCAAUGUACGGUUUGAAGCAAGCUCCAAGAUAUUGGAACAAAAGGAUAAAUGAUUUCUUAAAUAAGUUUGGCUUCAAUAAAUGUGUAUCCGAUCAUGGUGUGUAUUUGAAGACGGAUACAAGUGAAAGAGUAAUUAUCCUUUGUCUAUAUGUAUACGACUUAUUGAUAACGGGAAGCAACAAAAAGUGCAUUUCUAAGUUCAAGUGUGAACUUAUGAAAGAAUUUGAAAUGACUGACCUUGGCCUCAUGACAUACUUCCCUGGAAUUGAGUUCCACAAGCCUAAAAUGGGACUUAUCAUGCACCAAAGAAGGUAUACAGUUGAGAUAUUAAAGAAGUGUGAAAUGGAGAAUUGUAAUGCGUCCAUUACUCCGGUUGAACCGAGGCUACAGUUGUCAAAAAGUGAGGAUGAGAAAGAUGUUGAUCUAACUCAGUGUAGGAUACUGAUUGGAUCCUUGCAUUAUUUGUGCAAUACACGACCAAACUUGGUGUUUAGUGUCAGUGUUGUGAGCAAAUUCAUGGAGAAACAAAAGGUGUCUCACUUGGAAGAAGACAAGAGGAUCCUAAGAUACGCCAAAGGAACAAUUGGAUGCAGAAUUUUCUUUCCCAAAGUGUACAUGGGCAUAAGAGGAAAUUUUUUCGGUUUUAUCGAUCCCAAUUGGUGCGGAGAUAAAUAUGGUCAAAAGUCUACAAAUGGAUACAUCUUUAUGUUUGGUAGAACGUCAACCUCAUGGUGUUUGAAGAAGGAACCGGUAGUUGCACUCUUGUCUUGUGAGGCCGAGUACAUUGUUGCUUCUUUAUAUGUGUGCCAAGUCGUGUGGCUAAUAAAUCUAUUGAAGGAGCUAGGAAACAAUGACGGUGAUGUUGUUACACUUAUGAUUGAUAAUGUUUUCAUGAUUAAUAUUUCUUAG